AUAGGUGUAUGUAGUUGGUAAAAUUUCCUCUUGUUAGGCGAAAGGCGUGCUCUGUAAGCUCUCGUGUGUGAUUCUCUUCUGUUCGUUUUCUACAUAGUUUUGAACUUUUGGCUGGAAUCUAAAUAUUCCAGCCAUACCUUAAAGCAAUUUCCAGUCUUCGAACCCCGCAGCUGGUCGAGUACGUCGCCUUCCAACCAUAUCUUCUUUAAUAUUCUUCGUCGAAAGUAGCACCUCCGAAGAUAAAAAUGAAUCGAGGAGCUUUCUACGGCGUCAUUGCGUCGCUGCUGUGGUUCCGACUACAAUUUCCGAUCUGGCUCAUCUUGUUGAUAUUGCUAGCACUCUAUGCCAUCAUGGGUGGAUACAGCUAUCUAAGUGUGGUAGCUCGAACUAUCAAACGUGAUGUAACUGGCUUGUCAAGAUACCUUCAAGUUUUGUUGAGAGUGCGAAGUUUCCAAAAGAAAAAUUGGACUGUCCCAACAGUCUUUGAAUCUUAUGUUAAAGCUCACCCCAAUAAAAUAGCUUUCAUUUUUGAAGGAAGAGAGUGGACAUUUAAAGAGAUUGAUGAUUUCAGCAACAGAGUUGCUCAUGUUUUCGAGGAUGCUGGUUUCCUACCAGGUGACACUGUAGCUCUGUUGUUGGAUAACAGGCCAGAAUAUGUUGCCAUCUGGAUCGGUCUUGCUAAAGCUGGCCUUGUUACUGCUUUAAUAAACAGUAAUCUUCGGGAUAAGCCUCUAUCACAUUGUAUACAAAUUGCUGAAUGCAAGGCUGUUAUAUACGGAGCUGAUUUCUGUGAAGCUUUUGUUGCUGUCCGUGAUCAGUUGGCUCCCUCAGUCAAACAAUAUGCUUUUGACUUCAAGAAAGAUGCCUCAAUUCCCUUUGGAUCCCUCAAUUUGGACACCUUAAUGGGAGAAGCUUCCACAAGUCCUUUAUCUGGCCCACAACGCGCAAAUUACAACGAUAAAAUGCUCUAUAUUUACACGUCAGGCACAACUGGACUCCCAAAAGCUGCUGUUAUUCGCCAUUCUCGCUUCACGUUCUUCGUAAGCGCAACAUACUUCAUGAGCCCGAUGAUGAGCGACGACAUUGUGUAUGACCCUCUACCUCUAUAUCACACGGCCGGUGGAAUGGUUGGCGCCGGACAAGUCCUUUUGUUCGGCUGUACGGCAGUUUUGCGCAAGAAGUUUUCAGCCUCGGCUUUUUGGAAGGAAGCCAUUCAGCACCAGUGCACGGUUGCCCAGUAUAUCGGAGAGACCUGUCGCUAUCUUCUAGCCGCCGAAGCCCGACCUGAUGACAAAAACCACAAGGUCCGUCUUAUGUUUGGAAAUGGAUUGCGUCCGCAAAUUUGGGAAGAGUUUGUUAACCGUUUUAGCAGUCCAACAAAUCGCGUACAAAUCGCUGAAUUCUACGGAGCCACUGAAGGCAACGCAAAUAUUAUCAAUUUUGAUGGCACUGUUGGCGCUGUUGGUUUUGUGUCAAUGAUUGCUCCGUCUGUCUACCCGGUGGCUUUAAUCAAGGUUACUGAAGAUGGUGAACCAAUUCGUGGCGAAGAUGGUCUUUGUAUUCGCUGCAAACCUCGAGAGCCGGGCAUGUUUGUUGGCAUGAUUCUAAAGAACCAUCCUAUUCGCGAUUUCCAUGGUUAUGCCGACCCCAAUGCCACAAAGAAGAAAGUUGCGGUGGACGUGUUCAAGCGCGGUGAUGCCGCUUUCCUUUCCGGUGACAUUCUCGAAAUGGAUGAAUUAGGCUAUCUUUUCUUCAAGGAUCGAACCGGUGAUACGUUCCGAUGGCGUGGAGAGAAUGUCAGCACUUCUGAAGUGGAGGCAGUAAUCAGCAACGAAGCUGCCUUGAAAGACUGUUGUGUUUACGGAGUCGAGGUCCCGGGUGCUGAAGGUCGUGCAGGCAUGGCAGCCAUUCUGGAUCCAGAGAGGGCUUUGGACUUGAAUGACUUGCAUACCAAAAUGAGCAAAGUCUUGCCGUCGUAUGCCCGACCGCUAUUCAUCCGAAUUGUCAACGUCAUCGACUUAACUGGCACAUACAAGUUGAGAAAAGUCGAUUAUCAAAAAGAAGGAAUCGACGUUAGUAAGAUAAAAGACCAGAUUUACUUCUUUGAAGCUUCUAGCCAAUCUUAUGUGCCCUUUACUAGUGCCCUUCUCGAGCAAUUAAAGUCAGGGAAGAUUCGAGUUUAAAUACAUAAAAGUGAAUUUUUUUAAAUUUUUUAAUGCCAUUUUCACCCAUUUUCUGUCAGAAAUGUUCACGAGCUACAUACUCUUUUCUGUUAUCUUUUUUUUUUAUUAUUAAAACUUUUGUGGAUUCUACAGUUUAUGUUUCCUAGGGGGGAAUGUCCAAACGUCCAUGUAGAAACGGGGAAGGAAAGGGUAAAUAUGGAAAAUUGACCUUUUUUUUAAAAAUUAGUUUCUGAAAUGUUAAAAGUAGUCAAUACUUUGGCAGUUAAAAAUGGGACCAUAGAUUUAUCAAAGAAAAUUGUUUUGAGAUACUUGAAAUAAACUGAAAAUGCUACAAUAUGAUGGUGUUUUUUCAAAUAAGACAAAGUGAAAUACAAAUGAAUCAAC